AUGAAGCGGGAGAACCAGAGCAGCGUGUCCGAGUUCCUCCUCCUGGGGCUCCCCAUCCGUCCCAAGCAGCAGGGGGUCUUCUUUGCCCUGUUCCUGGGCAUUUACCUAACCACGGUGCUGGGGAACCUGCUCAUCAUCCUGCUCAUCAGGCUGGACUCGCGCCUUCACACCCCCAUGUACUUCUUCCUCAGUCACUUGGCCCUUGCUGACGUCUCCUUCUCAUCCGUCACUGUCCCAAAGAUGCUGACCAACAUGCACACUAAUGACAAAUCCAUCCCCUAUGCAGGGUGCAUUACCCAGGCGUAUUUUUUCAUAUUGCUUGUUUGUCUUGACAAUCUCCUUCUGGCAGUGAUGGCCUAUGACAGGUACGUGGCCAUCUGUCAGCCCCUGCACUACACCACCAUCAUGAGGCCGGAGCUGUGUGUCUCCUUAGUUGCUGGGUCCUGGCUCUUCUGUUGUGUCCACUCUCUGUUGCACACCUUGCUCCUGGCCCGACUGUCCUUCUGUGCUGACAAUACCAUCCCCCACUUCUUCUGUGAUCUCUCUGAACUCCUGAAGAUGAGCUGCUCAGAUGUCUCCCUCAACGAGUUAUUAAUACUCACUGAGGGAGGGAUGCUUGUCAUCUUACCUGUGAGUGGUAUCUUGGGCUCCUAUAUCCGGAUUUGGACCACCGUCCUGAGAGACCCCUCAGCUAAGAAAUUCUUCAAAGUUCUUUCUACCUGUGGCUCUCAUCUCCUCGUUGUGUCUUUAUUCUAUGGGACCAUUUCAGAAGUUUAUCUGUUUUCCUCAUCAUCAUCUCCCUCCAGUAAUGAUAACAUAAUUGGUUCUGUGAUGUAUAUGGUAGUCACGCCCAUGCUGAACCCCUUUAUCUACAGCCUGAGAAACAGAGACAUGAAACGUGCCCUGGAAACCCUUGUUAACCGGGUGAAGUUCCUUAUGUCAAAACACUUGAACUAA